AUGGAGAAGUCUGGAAGUCAGAUGUAUUCUCUUUACUUUUCUUGUACCUAUCUUUCUCAUUCUUCUGAUACUCCACGGCAGCAGGUAACUGCUGGAAAGCUUAGAGAAAUAAAUGAGGAGGCUAAAAGUUUUGCAAUUGGAAACAAAGCUCUUGCUGCUCUCUUUGUUCAUACACCAGCUGGUGAGCUGCAGCGCCAACUUAGAUCCUGGCUUGCAGAAAAUUUUGACUUCCUCUCUGUUCUUGGAGAUGAUGCAUCAGGAGGGACAACUGGUCAGUUGGAGCUUCUUUCAACUGCAAUCAUGGAUGGUUGGAUGGCUGGACUUGGUGCUGCAGUGCCUCCUAAUACAGAUGCUCUUGGUCAACUUCUAUCUGAGUAUUCGAAGCGGGUCUAUGGAUCUCAAUUGCAGCACCUGAAGGAUAUUGCUGGUACGUUGGCAUCAGAAGGGGCGGAAGAUGCAGCACAGGUUGCAAAAUUGCGAUCCGCUCUUGAGUCUGUUGAUCACAAAAGGAGAAAGAUUUUGCAACAAAUAAGAAGUGACGUAGCCUUAUUGACAUUGCAAGAUGGUGGUCCACCUAUUCAAAAUCCUUCUACUGCAGCUGAAGAUGCACGAUUAGCAUCUCUCAUUUCCCUUGAUGGCAUAGUGAAACAAGUCAAGGAUAUUGUGAGACAAUCCUCUGUGAGCACCAUGAGCAAGAGUAAGAAGAAGCAAAUGCUUGCAUCUCUAGAUGAACUUGCUGAACGGAUGCCUUCCCUUCUUGACAUUGAUCAUCCAUGUGCGCAAAGGCAAAUUGCUGAUGCUCGUCAUGUGAUCCAGUCUAUUCCCGAAGAAGAUGAUCACCUUCAAGAGCAAUCUCAUGCUCUCAAACCAUCUACAGAUUUAGGGUUCGGUACUGAAACUGACGUGGCACAGUGGAAUGUCCUGCAGUUCAAUACAGGCGCUACGACGCCAUUUAUCAUCAAGUGCGGAGCAAACUCUAAUUCAGAACUAGUCAUUAAAGCAGAUGCCAAGAUUCAAGAACCUAAAGGGGGUGAGGUUGUGAGGGUUGUCCCAAGGCCAUCUGUUCUGGAAAGCAUGAGCUUGGAGGAGAUGAAACAUGUAUUCUCCCAACUCCCUGAAGCUCUAAGCUUGCUUGCCUUGGCAAGGACUGCAGAUGGAACGCGAGCUCGUUAUUCUAGGUUGUACAGGACUUUAGCCAUGAAAGUGCCGUCGUUGAGGGAUUUAGUCGGUGAACUUGAAAAGGGGGGUGUCCUAAAAGAUGUGAGGUCAUAA